CCGGAGCGUCCCGGGAGCCUGGCUGUGUGCUGGGGCGCAUGGACCCUCAGGCUGCCCCCGGUCAGGGGUCCGGAGAGCCCAGUGCGCGGGAGGCCCCCAGCGCGGAGGCUGGCUUUGCCGCAGCUGACCUCUCUGGUCAGGAGACAGAGACUGAGAUGGCCAUGGAUCGACUAGCCAGAGGAGCCCAGAGCAUCCCUACUGGCAGCCCUGCCCAUGCUGAGGGCCCAGGUGUGGAAGAGGAUGGCUUUGUGGAGGAGAAGGAAGCCGAUGAGGAACUGUACGCCUGGGAGCUGUCAGAAGGGCCGCCCAUGGAACAGGCUGCUGAUCUCUUUAGUGAGGACUGGGACUUGGAGCUGAAAGCAGACCAAGACAAUCCUUACGAUGCUGAUGACAUCCAGGGGAGCAUUUCUCAAGAGAUUAAGCCUUGGGUGUGCUGUGCCCCGCAAGGAGACAUGAUGUAUGACCCCAGCUGGCACCACCCCCCUCCACUGAUACCACAUUAUUCUAAGAUGGUCUUUGAAACAGGACAGUUUGAUGAUGCCGAAGACUAACUCGUCACUUUCUUCCUCGUGGGAGCUUGUGUUCUCCAGAUCAAGGGUUGUUUCCUGUGUUCUCAGUGAGAUGUCCUGUGCAGGCAUCGUUCCCAGGGUUCCUCAGCAUGGGCCACAGGCGGCUGUUGACUGGGGCUGCCGCUCUCCAUUUUGUUGUUAGUUCUGUUGUUGUUAAUGGACACUUGGGUGUGUGUUGGCAUUUUUGUGUUCUUUAUAAAUAAAGGAAAAAAUAACUCAG